AUGGCUGAUUCUCCAGUCAAAAGGGAUUCGCGCUCUCCUUCGCCUUGGAGGGAGCGGUCUAGGUCUAGGUCAAGGUCAUGGUCUGGGCCGAGGUCUAGGUCUAGAUCGAGGUCGAGAUCAUUGCCAAGGCCAAGGCAUAGGUCACGGUCACGAAGUCGUGGAAGAUCAAGGUCUAGAGAUCAUGGCAGGGCUGAAGCUGUUAAUCCUGGGAAUACGCUUUAUGUGACUGGGCUGUCUACAAGGGUUACAGAAAGGGAUCUUGAAGAGCAUUUCUCUAAGGAGGGAAAGGUAGCUUCCUGUUUUCUUGUUGUGGAGCCCCGGACACGCAUAUCUCGUGGGUUUGCUUUUGUUACAAUGGACAAUGUUGAGGAUGCCAACCGUUGCGUUAAAUAUCUCAACCAGUCAGUUCUGGAGGGGCGAUAUAUUACUGUGGAAAAGAACCCAUUGCGUCAGCUAUUUUUACAGUCACGGAGGAAACGGGCAAGAACUCCUACUCCGGGACACUAUCUCGGGCUGAAGAACACUAGGGACUAUGGCCCUCAUGGCGAUCGUGGUAGGUAUCGUGGUGGCUAUGGUCGUGAUGACUAUCGCAGGUCUCCAAGGCGCUCUCCUUAUCGUGGCAGUCGUGAUUAUUCUCCUAGGCGCUCCCCCUAUGGUGGACGAUCACGGAGGGACAGGUCCAGGUCACCUUAUUCUCCUAGAGGCUCUAGCGACGUUCUGAAAGAUCAGAAAAGUAAAACUUUGGAAUACGGAACAUUUAAGGUUGCUAUCAAGAAGCGGAAAGAAGAUUUGUGCACUGAUUAA